AUGGCGAAAGCGACCGCCUCCUCGCCGCUGGAGGACUUGAACCUAAGCGGAGACGAGGUACAGCGGCUCACCUCUGCCUUCCAGGACCCCGAGUUCCGGCGUCUGUUCUCCAAGUACACGGAGGAGCUCGCAGACCCAGAGAACCGGCGUCGCUACGAGGCAGAGAUCACCGCUCUGGAGCGUGAGCGCGGAGUGGAGGUUCGGUUUGUGCACCCGGAGCCAGGCCAUGUGCUACGCACCAGCUUGGAUGGAGCGCGGCGCUGCUUUGUGAAUGUGUGCAGCAACUUGCUGGUGGGUGCGCCCAGCUGCCGGCCAAGCACUGGGGGCGCCGCGCCCGGCCACCACUGGUCCCUGCCCCACAGCCUGGCACCAGGGCGCGAGUACGCGGGCCGCCGGGGCACCCGCUACACGGUAUACGACGUGGUCUUCCACCCAGACACGCUCGCGCUCGCUCGGCGCCACGAACGCUUCCGCCACAUGCUGGACUCUACGGCCCUGGAGGCCAUCGAGAAGCAGUUCAGCGUAAAGCUGGACCGCAGGAAUGCCAAAGUGCUGAAGAUCAAGUACAAGGGGACCCCGGAGGCCGCUGUGCUCCGCACGCCGCUGCCCGGGGGUGCCCCGACCCAAUCCGAGGAGGAUCCUGAGAACCCUCGCCUCGAUUUCCCCUACCCCUACCGGUACCCGGCAGCCUCCGGGAACUCUCCGGUCGCCGAGACCCAAGCGCCCUCCCCUCCGGAGGAGACCCCGCCCCCCGCCCCCACCGAGCCUCGGUACAGCGUUGUGCAGCGCCACCACGUGGACCUGCAGGAUUACCGCUGCUCGCGGGACUCGGCCCCAAGCCCCGUGCCCCGCGAGCUCGUGGUCACCAUCGAGCUGCCGUUGCUGCGUUCGGCCGAACAGGCAGCAUUGGAGGUAACAGGCAAGCUGCUUCGCCUCGACUCAAGGAAGCCUGACUAUCAGCUGCGGCUCUCGCUUCCGUAUCCGGUGGACGACAGCCGCGGCAAGGCGCAGUUCAACAAGGCCCGGCGGCAGCUUGUAGUCACGCUGCCGGUGGCGCUACCUGCCGCACGCCGGGAGCCGGCCGCGGCGCCGGAAAGCCCAGCCGUCCUGUCCGGAACUGACGGCGCGGCCUGCGCUUCCGCUCUCCAGGGGACAGUGGGCCCGGCUGGGGGUCACGCAGGGGACCGAGACUCGAGUCCCUGUGGAGCUAGGCCUGCAGACGUCGGGGUCGUCAUCCCGGGAGCCCGUGAGGCGGCGUCCCCACCAUCCGGCGCUGAGGAGGAGCUAGUCCCCGAACCAGAAGAGCAGGAGUUUGGCGGACAUGCGGGGUCGCCGCCGAGCUUUCGGGAGGCUCUAUCUCCGAGACUAGGAAGCUCAUCUGGGGACGUUGGCGGAGGCCUUUCUUGUAUUUCAUCAGCGGACCCUGAAGUGAGGUCUUCUGCAGAAAGAGGGGGCGCAGGCACAGAUCUUAGCGUAGAGACGCACAUGGACUGGGAAGGCACUAGCAGGGAGCCCUCUGACAGAGCCAUGGGUGGUCCCGUGACCGAAAGCGGGGAACCUUUGUGUCCUCCUUUGCUGUGUAAUCAGGAUGAAGAAUUCCUGACUGUGGUAAUUCAAGUGCCUCGCAUCCUGCCGCAAAGUCUUAAAGGGGAUUUGAGCCCCUUUCGGUACAAAUUGUGCUUCUUUACACAAGACUAUGUUUACUAUUCUUUCUUUUUACAAUUUGCUCCAGAGAAUACAUUGAGUACCAAAGAACCCGUGAUUAGCAUUUCUUCAAACAAUGCAGUGAUAGAAUUGGCCAAAUCUCCAGAGAGCCAUGGACAUUGGAGAGAGUGGUAUUAUGGUUUAAACAACGAUUCUUUGGAGGAGAGGUUGUUUGUCAAUGAAGAAAAUGUUAAUGAGUUUCUUGAUGAGGCCCUGAGCUCUCCAUUCAAACCAACAAUAUCUCUAACCCCACCAUUAAUUGAAGUUCUUCAGAUUACUGAUAAUAAUAUUCAAAUUCAUACAAAGUUGCAAGAAUGUAGUGACUCUGAUCAGCUUCAUGUAAAGGAAGAAGUCAAUGAAGGGCAUCAUUUGUCUAAAAAAGAAAAUAUAGGACAUCUUACCACCACAAAUGAACGAGAACAUACACUGGGAAAUGCCAGACCUUCUGAUUCAUCUAUAGCAGAUAAUGCACGAGCAGCAGAGAGUUGUGGUUCAGGUACAUGCUUGCAACAAGAGUCUCUUGAUGUUUCUCAAGUGCUCUCUGGAAAAUCUCAGCAACCUGAGUCAAAAAUGGAACUAGAGUUUAUAAAAGAAAAGUGUGCUGUAUAUGCAAAUGAGGAAAAAGAGAAUUUAAAAGAACCACUAUUAACUGCAGACAAAGAAUUAGAUGGAGCUCAGCUAUCUGCACUACAGAACAAAACUACAGUUCAUCAUGUAUCUGCUUUACAAAGCAUAAAAGAAAGAAACACGCAGGAUGGUAGUGUGCAAAUUAUUAAAGAUCAUGUGACUCAUUGUGCAUUCAGCUUUCAGAAUUCUUUGCUGUAUGACUUAGACUAA